GAAAGCACUCCUGCCAUCCCAUUGAUGAUGUCGAGCAUGGGGACGACCUUUGCUCCGAUCACCACUGUAGGAUCGAUUGGCAUGAUCCCAAUCAUGUCAACCCCAACUCCUACGCCAACGACAACAAUGUUCCCAGGCUCGAUAACAACACCUGGUGGAGCAUUCACACCAUACCCGUCAGCUUGGGCUCAAUUUGCUGCUGACCCGGCAAAUGCUCAGGCUCUACAGGGCUAUCAACAGGUGAUGGCCAUGAUGCAACAGGCAGGUGGCUUCAUGCCAUUUGCCUAUCCCGGCAUGACGCCACCAAUCAUGCCACCUCCGGUGUCGACCCCGUCGACAUUUGUCCCUAGGAUGGUCCCUAUACAUCCGGUGAAUUUGACGGGGACCAUGAAUGAAGCAGCACCCUCAAAUGUCCAUGAGGUCGAUGAGGUGGAGCAAGAGGCGGCCCGCAGGAGGAAGGGUAAGGCUAUAGCCAAACCCAGCAAGACCCGAGAUUCGGCUUUCAAACGCCUAGGGGACAAAGAGGAUGGACCCCGCAAGUCUGCCAAGCUACGUCUUGGUCUUGAGAUGGGCCGGACUAGCGCGAUGGAAAGACUUGGCGGGAGUCGUCACGCCCAAUCUCGUCGUUCUAGGGAAUCUGAGACGAUUCGCCAAGACGAGGAGGAAGCAGAAAGCCAGCCCAGGGCGUCGGCAUAUACCAGGCUCUCAUAUGAUGAGGAUGAUCUGGACAAGAUAGGAAGCGUAGCAAGAAAGCUGCGUGCCCGGGAAGAAAAGGUGGACGAGAAGGCGGGAGCAAAGAAGCACACCCUGGCCAAAUCACCCUUUUCGGCUAGGAUGGCCGGGUGCACUGAUGCUGAGGAAUGCCUGCUCUUCUUCUCAUCCUUGAGAGGGAGGCCAGUGGAAUGGUUUAACGGUCUUCCCCAUGGCAGGAUAGGGUCCUUUGAAAAACUUGCUGAGGUUUUCCGCAAGAAGUACCAGGACAACUGCAUCAAGAGGAAGAAGUUUACCUACCUUAACACGGUAGGGCAGAGGGAGAAGGAGACCUUGACGCAAUUCUUAACCCGCUGGAGGGAUGAGGUUGACAAGGUAGAAGAGAUGGACGAUAAGACGGCCAUGUCUUUAUUGAUGAAUGCCUUCCGGUCGGGUGACCUCUACACCGAAUUCUGUAGGAGGCCACCCUCCUCUUAUCAGGAAGCCUACAAUACGGCAUGGGAGUAUGCCGACGCGGAGGUCUUGAAUAAGAGCAAACGGGAAUUAGAGGAAGGAUAUACGAAGGUGAGAUCCGACAAGCCGAAGAAGGACGACCAGAUGGGAGGGUCCAAACUAAAGGCUACGUAUGACGGGUCUGUCCAUCAAAUAAGGGAUGAUAAGAAGGGAGAACAACCCAAGAGGCCUUGGACGGAGAAGUGGUGUACCUACCACCAAUCUGAUUCCCACAAUACGGUGGAUUGUCGAAAUGUCAAGGCUGUGCUCAAGGAGAUGGCCUUGAGAGGAGAGCUUGGGGAAGGUUACGUGACGGGUAAUAAGAAGGACCCGAAAGCAAACACCUGGACCCGUCAUCAGGGAAAAGACCAGGGAAGGAGAAAAUCCGGGAAGGAUAACAACAAUCCGGAUAAAGAAUUUAUACAGAUGAUUGUCGGCGGUCCGGAAGGCGGGGAUACUGCCUCCCAGCGGAAGAAUUGGGCCAGGAGUUUGCACGUGGCGGUGGUUUCCCUGGAGUCACAUGGGAAGCAGGCAAGGAGGGAACCUAUCACUUUCACUGAUAGGGAUCUGCCCAGGACGGGGGGAGAUCAUAAUGACCCUUUGGUUAUUACAAUGGACAUCAAUGGAGCUGAUGUGGCCAGGGUCCUGGUUGACACAGGAAGCAGUGUCAAUGUUCUAUACUUGGAUGCUUUCAAGAAAUUGAAGCUGGACAGUUACCUUGGGGUCGGGUAACA